GGCAUGUGAACGAGCAGCGCUGACAGCGUUUCUCUGACCAAACGAAAUACUCCCUGGCUCACGGGAACUUAGAACAAUCAUUCACACUCCUUCCUCCAUUACCCGACUGUACCCAACAUGGCCGAAAAGCGUCCGAAGUAUAUGAACUGGAUUCUGGAAUGUAUCAACUUGCUUCGAAGUCGGAAAUCGAGGCCCGACUUGGAGCGAAUUUGCCGGACGAUGCAUAAAUGUCACGGAAUCGAUCAACGAGACACAGAGGAAGAUUUAGCCGCGCUCAUCGCCAGCGGAAUCGUGACUAAGAGGUCUUUCAAAGGCGCAAUUUCUUAUCGCAAUGCGUCCGGUUGGCACAGAGUCAUCGGAGCCGGUAAAGUUUCGAGAGCCGCCCGAUGGGUGGGCGAAGCGAUUCGAGCACUUGAUCGUGGGUACGGCGUCAGCGCAGUGGAUAUUGAGAAAUUCAUCAGCGCUCGGCACCCCUAUUACCAUAAUCUGAAGGCCAGGAUCAAAAUCGCGUUGAAGGAAGACUUAGAUCAUGGUCGUGUUUGGUCUGUAAGCGAGGGCAUGUAUAGAUUACUGGAAUCCGCCGAGAGCCCUGAAAGAGAAAUUCCUGCAUGUGACCAAGUUUGCGACUUCUGUCUACAAACUGCAGAGUCCAACAGACGAGGAGAGCCAGAAGAUCUUUUGAUAUGCAGGGAUUGUGGCAACAAAGCACACCCAAGUUGUAUGAAUUAUUCCCCAGAGCUUGUUCACAGAAUCACGUCUGAUGCUAGUGCAUGGCAGUGCAUAGACUGUAAAGCCUGUAUAAUAUGUAAUGACAGUGGAGAUCCUAGUAGUUUAUUGUUCUGUGAUGCCUGUGACAAGGGGUAUCAUAUGCAGUGCCAUGUACCCCCUCUAGCCACAAUGCCAAUUGGAAAAUGGGUUUGUUACAAUUGCCAGAAUCAUCCCAUAAAUCCAGUACGUCUUUCUGACUCCAGUGGCUUCGAGACAACAAUUAAGACAGAAGGUGGGAGUAAUAUGAUUCUGGGAGAUGAUUUACACCUACAGUGUGAUGAAGAAAUCAUGGGUGAAUGUACUGUUGAAGUAAAAGAUAUUCAUAUUCAAGUUGAUGCUGAAAAUGUUCAACGAGAGUUGGAAAUGCUGAGCCAAUCUGCUGCAUCAAGUGAUUCAAAACCAAACUCAUCAGGGCAAGCAAGAGGGGUGAACAGUGAUCUACAUUCAGCCAGUCACAGCCAGUCCAAUGGCAUUCAUUCAGACCCUAAUACAACAAAGAACAUUGCUAACGGUUUGCCAAAUUCUCCUGGUAAGGGAAUGUCAACUGCAAGUCGCGAUUCAGCUAAAGAUACAGAAAAGAGUAAAAGUAAUCUUCCACCAGACACUUCACUGUGGACAGUCACUGAGGUUGUGUCAUUUUUCAGCUCUUUAGGAUUUCCUGAAGAGGCAAAGUCAUUUCAAAACCAGGAAAUCGAUGGUAAAGCAUUGCUACUGAUGUCUAGAAAUGACGUUUUGACUGGUAUGUCAAUCAAAUUAGGCCCUGCCUUGAAGAUCUACGUUCACGUGGCCAGGCUUCAAAGUCAAAAUGGCACUAUACCUUCGUAACGAAUAAUCAAUGUACAGUCACAAUUUUUGUAAUUUUCUAGGAAAUAGUAUUUCUUCUCGGGCCAUUUUUUGGUCAGUGUAGAUCCACUUAAUGCGGCGCUUUUCGAUUAGUCGCUGCAUUAAAGUAAAAUAAUCAUGUGCUUGUGUGGUUUUGCAUUUUACAAGCCCCGAAGCACGUAAGUUUCGUAAAAUUUGCCGCAAUGCCGCAAUACCCUUCUGCCAAUUACAAUUAAGAUGCUGCGUACCUAGCCAAUCAGCAUUAAGAUGCAGCCUUCUAGCCAAUCACGUAAUUACGUAAAGAAUGCAACGCGACUUUUCCAGCGCUUGCCAACAGCGUUUCUUUGCCUUUGCGUGGUGAUUGGCUCGUAGCGUUUCUUGCAUCUGUGUUGAUUGGCUCUAUAAUAACUUUGAACUGGUUUUGCUUUCGUCAGUCAAUAAGAAACCGUUACAAGCAAUUACAUUGAGCUCGUUGUUUGUGGACUGUCAGUAGUAACCACACUAUGGACAAAGCUGAAACAAUUCAUUAAAGAUUGGUCGCAAAGAUAUUUUUUGUGCACGUUCACGAAGUUGUGCGUGGACCUUACAAUAAGUACUCAAGUCUGGUUUUAUUUUCCUUUAAAACAGAAAGGACUUCUUUAAUAUAGCAUUUCAUAAAUCUUAUUCUCUAUCAUUGAAAGUUUCAAUCCAGAAUUGUGGCUGCCUCAAAAUUCAUUUAUUUCCUCAAGUGAAAAUAAAGUUUUCGGCGACUGCGUCGAUGUAGAAUAUAAUGUUUCAGAUGCAAUAGUGGUAGACACAAUGCAAAACUAUUCAUAAAAUCUAUUUUUCUAUUUGUUAUACAGUCGAGGUUGAACGUUCCCCUGUUUAUGGAAGCUAACACGGGAAGGCUUGCUUUGUGAGUUUGUUUUCGUUUGUAAGUCUCGGAGUUGAGGCUUAACAUUUUCGCUGAUAUGAAGAUGAAACGAACAAAUAUUGCUCUGGAAAUUCUCAUACUGCCCUGUGCCUGUUUAUUUCCACAUUUGAUAAGCGUGGCUACCGUGUGAUCUGUGUAGUACAAAGUCGAAAAUGUCCCUCGUCUGUACCAGAUUAAGAUUGUAAGGGUGAUAUAUAAACGUUUGGGUAAGUUUACAAUUAAAACAAAAAACAAACAAAAAAAGGUUUUUACCUUAUGCCUCUUCAGACACAACCAAAAACUGAAACAUUACCUAAGUACGGUGAACUUGACCAUUCACCAUUGUGGGACAUUUUCGCGAAAUUAAAUUUUUGCGUUUUUUGCGACUUUUUUUGUUAAUCGCAAACAUUUGAAGUCGCGAAAAAAUAAGUGGCUCUACUCAAUAAAUAAUGUUAAAUAUUCUCGAAACUCGCGAAAUAUCGCUCUUACGAAAUAACGGAAUUAAGAUGUUCGUGUAAUAACUUAAUAGGGAGUAUAUUAUGUCAAUGCUUUACUUGAAGCACAACACAGCUGUUUGUUCAUUUAGGAGCCCUCGCGUUUCAAUUAUUCAUCAGGGAUCAAUAGUUUUCUAGUUCUCAGUACUAGUGUGAAUAUUUUAGUAGUGGAGAGUACGGGAGAUAGCUAAUAGUAUGCAUUUCCUUCCUAGGUAUUUUAUACGAGUCGCUUUGUUGAAUCACUUAGCGUAAUUAUGCGCGCUGAUCCAUGGUCAACUACUAAGGCUCAAGCAGUAUUUGAAUCAUCGGAAAUUAAUUUCUAUUCCUUUUUGCAUUACAACUGUCUGAGGCUCCGUCCACACUGCGGAGGAGGAAAUUGAAAAGGGAGCUUUCACUCUGAAAACGUAUGAAAUGUUUUCC